AUCACUUUCAUUUCUGAACGCUUCUUCCGAUUUUGAACGGUGCCGUGAAAAAGCCGUUUGGCUCUAUUGCCUAAUUAACUUUUUAAAUUGUUUUUUUGGUGCAUCUUCUGGGUGUUUAAACACUGCAAGAUAAAAUAAGAUGAUCAGCUACUACAUCCUCCUGCUCGCUUCUGCAUCCCUCGUGCUGGGUCACGGGAGAGUGACGCAGCCUCCUUCGAGAGCGUCAGCCUGGCGACUAGGGUUCCCAACGCCGGCCAACUAUGACGAUGAUGGCUUGAACUGUGGCGGCUUUUCGACGCAGUGGUCGAGUAAUGGCGGCAAAUGCGGAAUCUGCGGCGACUCCUACAGCAUCCCACCCCCGCGCCCCCACGAGCUCGGCGGCACCUACGGCCUCGGCGUCAUCGUCGCCAAAUACCUCCCCGGCGCCACCAUCGCCACCACUACCCACCUCACCGCCUCCCACAUGGGCUACUGGGAGUUCAAACUCUGCCCUGACCCGACCGACAACUCCCAGGCAUGCUUCGACAAGCAUCUAUUGGUGUCGGAAGACGGAGAAUCUCAAUAUACUCCAAACCGGGGCAGUGGAAUCUACGAAGUCAACUACAAACUGCCAUCUGGUUUAAUCUGCGAUCAUUGUGUGUUACAAUGGAGAUAUGUAGCUGGAAAUAACUGGGGUAUCUGCAGUAAUGGGACGGCAGGCUUAGGCUGCGGGAAUCAGGAGGAGUUCCGUGCAUGCUCCGACAUUGCUAUUGGUGUGUCGAAGACACUAAGCAACGAAAACAUACCUUCACCGCUGCUCUAUUAUUUGCAGCACGGAUUCUAUGAUUUAGAUCAAGGUAAGGAAGUAGAGAAUGAUUUGGAAGAGUAAUUUUGAGUGGUUUUGAUACAGCUUUAAUAAUCGA